AUGAGUGAUGAACCUUCUACAAGUUCUGGACGACCCAAACGAUCUUGUACUGGCAAUAGCCAAAAUAAAAAGCAAAUUUUAACACAAAAGGAACUGCAGGAAAUCGCAGAUAAUUGGGACGAUUGGGAAGAUUUUUCAUCUUCAGGAUCAGAGUAUCUAAAUUCGGAAUCUGAUGAUGGUAGCAAUAGCGCAGGCAGUAGUCUUCCAAGCAUUCAUAGUUUAGAUUGCGAUUUAGAUGAAGUAGACACUGAAGAGAGCCACAAUGUAAAUACUCUACUACAAGAUAAUGAGGAUUGGCAUGAUGUUGACGGGACAUCCUUGCGUUCUGACAUUUUUUCUGGUGCAGAGCAAUACAUGUAUCAUCACGGCAUUUACCCUGCGACAUCAUUGUUGGCAUCCAAGACUCAUCUUCUAGGCACGCUUAGAAAAAAUCGAAAAGGUCUCUCUAAAGAAGUUAUGAGUGCACAGCUAAAAAGAGGGGAAAUUGUGGGGAAGGAAAACACUACAGGACGCGUUAUAGGUAAAUGGAAAGACAAAAUGGAUGUUCCGUUCUUGAGUACUAAGCACACGCUGGAUAUAAAGGCUACCGGGAAGAAAAACAGAAAGGGCGAGGAGGUAAAGAAACCUUCUGCCAUAUCAGAAUACAAUGCUGGUAAAGAUGGUAUAGAUGUUUCUGAUCAAAUGGCGAGCUACUUUUCCCCACUCCGCAAAACAAUUAGAUGGUAUCAUAAGCUAAUGUUUGAAAUUCUCCUGAAUACGGCUGUCAUCAAUUCUCUUAAUAUUUACAAGCACUUCAAAAAACAAAACAUACAAGUUGGUGCUUUUAGAGAGAUGUUGAUUGAGAGCCUUACCAUGUCCCAAGUGUCCCAGUAA